AUGAAGUUUGGGAAAGAGUUUGCUGCGCAGCUGAUUCCAGAAUGGCAACAAGCUUACGUGGAUUAUUCUUGUCUCAAAUCCAUUCUCCAAGAAAUCCAAAAUGCACGGAAGCGAUCAGGUGCCGUAACACGCAAGCAACCUGUGCACCGCAACUUUAGCGGCCUGACUAACCGUUCAAACCGAGUCGCCACGUCAGAAGAACUUGAAAACCAGGACAUAAUGGUGAGUGAAAUGAUUGGUGAUGAUGGGUUUGAGAGAUACGAGACGUCCAUCAUGAGAGUUGCAGAAGCUGGGAGAGAGCCAGAGCUUGUGUUCUUUAAAACCCUAGAUCUUGAGUUCGAUAAAGUGAACCAUUUCUACAAGUCUAAAGUGGAGGAAAUGGUGAAGGAGGCAAUGGUUUUGAACAAGCAAAUGGAUGCUCUGAUUGCUUUUAGAAUCAAAGUAGAUCAACCAUCUUCGUCUUGGAUCUGUUCUGAAACAGUAUCAGUCGAUGUGAAUGCCUUGGAUACUACGGAACAUAGAAAGACGUUAGCUGACGUGAUGGGAAUCAUAGUAUCCAACCAUGGAGAUUCAACGAGAGGGAACAUGCCAGAGGCUUUAAGUGUUCUUGAACGUAUCAGACUAAACAAAGAUCAAGAAACUCCUCUGUCCAGGAUUAGAAACGUCCUCAAGCUCUCUAGCCACGAAGAGCUCAAAUUCACAAGAGAAAAUCUCAAGAAAAUAGAAGAACGUCUUAAGGAUGUCUUCAUCAAGUUUUAUCGCAAGCUUAGACAUCUCAACAAUUACAGCUUCUUGAACACCUUGGCGAUUUCAAAGAUCAUGAAGAAGUAUGAUAAGAUUGCUUCAAGAAAUGCAGCAAAAACUUACAUGGAGACUGUAGAUAAGUCCUACCUCACUAUCUGUGAUGAGAUCCGCAAACUUAUGGUGAGAGUUGAGUCUAUCUUCGUGGAGUAUUUCGCUAGCUCGAACCGAAGCAAAGCAAUGAAUCUCUUAAGACCAAAAGUGAAGAAAGAAAAACAUCGGACAACGUUUUCCAGUGGCUUUUUUGUUGGCUGCUCAGUCUCUCUAGUGAUUGCUCUUGCCUUGUUGAUACAUGCUCGUAAUAUAAUGGGGGCAGACGGAAAAAACAUUUACAUGGAGACAAUGUUCCCUCUUUACAGUUUGUUUGGAUUUGUUGUCCUGCACAUGAUCAUGUAUGCUUCAAAUAUAUACUUUUGGAAGAGAUAUCGAGUGAAUUACCCUUUCAUAUUCGGGUUCAAAGAAGGAACAGAGCUUGGUUAUAGACAUGUUCUGCUUCUAAGCUUUGGUCUCAACACGCUUGCUCUAGCUGCUGUUAUAAUGAACCUUGACAUGGAGAUGGAUCCUAACACUAAUGAUUACAAGACAAUCACUGAACUUCUUCCACUUUUUAUUGUUGGUCUAGUGAUACUAAUUACUAUAUGUCCCUUCAACAUCUUUUAUCGGUCAAGCCGCUUCUUUUUCAUCAUGGUUGUAUUCCGCUGCAUUGCUGCACCGCUCUAUAAGAUUAAUCUUCCGGAUUUUUUCUUGGCGGACCAAUUCACAAGCCAGGUUCAAGCACUGAGAAGUUUGGAGUUCUACAUUUGUUACUAUGGUUGGGGAGACUUCAGGCUCAGACAAAACACUUGCAGAUCAAGUCAUGUCUAUAGCACAUUCUACUUCAUCGUCGCUGUGAUUCCUUACUGGUCACGUUUCCUUCAGUGUGUUCGGAGACUAAUCGAAGAGAAAGAUUCAACAGAAGGCUACAAUGCCCUCAAGUAUUUCUUGACCAUAGUUGCUGUGUGCUUGAGAACAGCUUAUAGCCUGAACAGAGGAAACUCCUGGAGAAACGCUGCUUGGUUUUUCUCUGCCUUGGCAACUUUUUACGGCACAUAUUGGGACAUUGUGUUUGAUUGGGGACUGCUUCACAAAUCAUCUAAAAGUUGGUUGAGAGGGAAGCUUCUUGUUCCUCACAAAUCCGUAUACUACGUUGCAAUGGUGGUAAACGUUGUGUUGAGGUUGGCAUGGUUGCAGACUGUUCUGGAUUUCAAUAUCCCAUUCUUGCAUAGAGAAAUAAUGGUUGCUCUUCUUGCUAUUCUCGAGAUCAUACGUCGUGGUAUCUGGAAUUUCUUCAGGUUAGAGAACGAGCAUUUGAACAAUGUGGGGAAGUUCAGAGCAUUCAAAUCAGUUCCUUUGCCAUUCAACUACGAUGAAGAGUGA